AAACACAAUUUAAAUUUUAUGAUAUCAAAGUCUACCUUUACGCUUUUGCAAUGAUUUUUAGUACUUCGCCUUUUUCAUGAGUUUAUGAAGCUUUUUUAGCUUUUUAUAAUGGAUGAAGUGGAUCAGAACUGUGAUGACGAACUGAUAAUUGUGAACAGAAGAUGUGAAUAUUGUGUCUCUAAAAAGUUCAUUUGUUCAGUUGUGCCUUAUUUUAAAAAAUUGUUUAGUAGUGAUAAGUUGACAUCGAAGGAAAACAAAGUGACUUUGGAUUUUGAUGAACGUUCCUUCGAUGCUCUUCUUAACUGGGUUCACACAGAUGUAUUCAUCAUUCGUAUGGAUUAUGUGAUUAGUUUCUAUGAAGCAGCUGAUUAUCUUAAGAUCGAUGAUUGUCUACGGGAACCUUUUAUUGAUUAUUUUAAUGACAAUUUUACCAUGGAACUUCUUCCAGUUGUUUUACGUCAAGUUACACAAAAGUCUCCAUUGAUCAAUUCAGGAGCUGUUAAUAGUUUCAUUUGUCGCCAUUUCUUGAAAAUCGCUAAUACCGAUACUUUUUUGGAUUAUCCAGUUGAAACGCUUGAACAUAUUCUCCAAUUAGAUUUAAUGAUUCAUUCAGAAUAUCAAGUUUUUGAAUCAAUCAUGAAAUGGGUGAAUAACAAUGGAGAUUCAAGAAAAGAAUUACUUCCGCAGCUAUUGAGAUGCGUGCGUUGGUCUACCAUCGAUCCUUUUGGAUUAUCAAAGGUUAAGGAAAACGAAUUUAUAAAGACUUUGCAAAAUUUCGAUUCAAUUAUCUCCUCCAAGAGUGACUGUGGAUUCAAUCGUAGUAAACAAAAUUACUUCGUCUCACUCCAUAGAUUAGGUAAUUCGAAGUUACGGAUAAAUAUAUUCGAUAAAAAACUAUUCUCAUUGCCGAUUGGUGAUUUCACUAAAGAUGAUACAAUGUCAACCCAAUUCGUUCACGAAAACAUUUCUGAUAUUUUAUUUGAUUCUGGAAGAAAAGGUAUUCGAGUUGACUGGAACAAAAAGACAUUUGCAUGGCUUGACAUAGACGACUAUGAUGGAAUCUAUUACAAGGAAAUGUAUAAAUUGAUUGUCAAUUUUCAGAAUGAUCGUAGUGAAUAUUCCUGUUACUUGGACGCAAAAGCUACUGCACUGCCUGAAACAACUCCAAGAAAUUCAUAUUUACUGCUUGAACAUGAAGAUUCAUUCGUUUGCAUCGGAGAAACUCAUGACGACAAUAAAUAUUUUGGCAUUUUCCCAGUGACGGACUCGAGUUGGUUCAAUUUUUAUAUGAAUGGUUGUGGUUAUGAAUUCCAUGCAACUAUUUUGGACAAUGUUGUUUAUGUAUUGACGGAAGAGUUCAAUUUUUUCCAAUUUAAUAUGGAAACGCGCUCAUACAAUAAGAACAAACUAUUUAAAGGUGCUAAAGAUUUGCACCCUGCGGAAUUAAUCCUAACUUCUCUUCACACAGAAGAUGAUAAAAUAAUUCUGAUCGAUGGAUCGACUGGAAAAUUUUAUGUUUAUUGUAUUAAACAGAAGAAGUGGUUUAAAAAGUAUGAAAUCUUUAAUGUAAAUCCCAAUUCCAAAGAUUCUCAUGAAGAUAUUCAUGAGUUAAUGGCUUUCACCUCAACGUUUUUACCGAUGAAAAAUAUAAAACCAAUGUUUAGGCGAGAUCUUUUGUAGCCUCCCAGCUUUCUAGAAGUCCACUCUAAUCACCAGUGAAUCUGAAUUUAAUUUCCGUUUUAUGGAAAUUUCAUGACAAACUUUUCCUUCUUCAAAUUGCGAUUCAACAUUCGUGCAAUACAUUGCUUUAGCACUGAAUCCAUUUAUUUUACAAAAUCCAGCCUUUCACAACAUACAAGUCAUUGUGUGUAAGUGCAUUUCACAGAGUCAAGUUCAGUUUCAUAUAUAUUUCGUAUAUUUAUUGAAUAGAUUUGCUACAAUUAUUUCAUUCUUGUAAUUAGUAGAGACAAAAUUGUAUUUAUAAUGCACCAUUAAUUUGCUCAACAAAUCUCAAAUCUUUGUUUAAAUAAAAAUUUACUGACAAA